AUGGAUGGUCUCAAUUCGUUUGGAAUUGUACCGUAUUCAUCAUUUGCAUGCUUUUUCCCCGAGGCGGUCAAAAAUUUUGAACUAUACCGUUUCGUGACGGGCUUUUUAAUACCAAAUCCACAACCAAUGCAGGGUCUAAUGGAAAUGUACGUGAUGUAUACCUUUUCGAAAGGCGUGGAAACAAAGAAGUUUGGCCGUAAUUUUCCAGAUUAUUUCUUUUACCUUGCAAUCACAUUUCCACUUAUGCUUUUUGGGGCUUACUUCUUUUUGCCACCUGUCCUAUCUCUAUCUCCAGCACUCCAAUCGGCACUUACAUACACAUGGGCAAUUGACAAUUAUGAUCAGAAGGUGAACUUUUAUUUCAUACCAUUACAGGCAUCUCUACUACCCGUGGUUUCUUUGGGUUUCCGGAUCCUAGUUGAUGGUCAACUAUCAUUCCUUCUUGCUCUAAUCGGAAUGUCCGCAGCCUACAUAUACAACUGUAUUGAAACCCAUUCAUUUGGCCCACUAGAAUCAUUCUUUUUAGCACACCAUGGAAAUGCAACCAACAGGCUUGGGGCUGGAAACAACAUUUUACGAUGGGUCUAUUCAACAGGCAAAUUGCAGGCUCCUCAAUGGCUAAGGACUAUUUUUUCAAAAUUAACAGGAAAUGAUUACAAUUCGGCACCUCUCAAUGGGGGAAUUCAUGUUACCCCAUCAUUUAAACAAAACCCAUCUGGUGGUAGAUUCAAUAGAGAAAAAAGAGCCUUCCAGGGGAAAGGAAGAAGACUUGGAACGAAAGAGGAUUGA